AUGAAAAUCGAUAUUCUUGGAAUAUCAGAAAUGAGAUCAUUUCCAAAGUCAGGAGACUUUUGGAGCGGAGACCAUAGAAUAAUAUAUACAGGAGCAUCAGAGAAGAAACCUGGCACAGGAGGAGUAGGGAUUAUAAUGAAUAAAACCCUAGGAAAAAAAGUUAAAGGCUAUAUACAAUAUGACGAUAGAAUCAUUCUAGUCAAGCUCCAGACGAAACCAAAAGAUACAAUAGUAGUUCAAGUCUAUAUGCCGACAUUAAAUAGUAACGAUGAAGAGGUAGAAGAAGUAUACGAAAAUAUAGAUAAAAUAAUCGAAAAUGUUAAAGGGGAAGAGAAUCUGGUAGUAAUGGGUGAUUCGAAUGCCGUUGUAGGGGAAGAAAAAAAAACGAUACCCGGUCUCCGAAGAGAUCCAUCCGAUGAUCUGGAUGCUUCGUCGAAAAGACCUGGCCGUUCGCCGUUGGCGGCUCUACUCCAUCAUUAA